AUGCCGCAGACAGAUAAACAAGUAUGUAUUCCUCCAGAGCUUCCAGAUUUGCUGAAGCAGUUUACAAAAGCUGCUAUUCGGACUCAGCCUCCAGACCUGAUUCAAUGGUCUUCUGAUUAUUUUAAUGCCAUGGCCCGUGGAGAGGCUCCUCCUGUAAGAGAACGAACAGAUCGAGUGCCUUUAUCAAAUUAUGCAGAGCUUACUCCAGAGCUCUUGAAGGUCUUACAUCAGAGAGUGGGUGGGAGGCUAAUCAUCCAUGUUGAUGAACUAGCCCAGAUGUGGAAGGUGCUGAAUCUCCCUACAGAUUUAUUUGAAAGUAUCAUGAAUGUUGGACGUUUUACUGAAGAAAUUGAAUGGCUCAAGUUUUUAGCUCUGGCCUGUAGCUCUCUUGGAGUUACUAUUGCAAAAACUCUGAAGAUAAUAUGCGAAGUUUUAUCUAACGAGAAUGAAAGUGGUCCAGCUCGUAUCCCUUUCAGUACUUUCCAGUUUCUCUACACUUAUAUUGCGGAAGUGGAUGGAGAAAUCUCCGCAUCUCAUGUCAGUCGAAUGCUGAAUUAUAUUGAACAAGAGAUCAUUGGGCCAGACGGCUUGAUCAAGGUGACUGAUUUUACCCAGAAUCCUCGAGUAAGGCUGGAGUAG